ACAGUUGCAAUUUGUGCCUCGCGGUUCGAACAACGCGUGGCCAGAGUUUUUAUUUAUAUACAAAUAUAUAUACACACAUAUAUAUAUAUAUAUAUUUUUUUUUUAUUUGUUGUUAUCUUCGAUUCUUGAAUUCCAUUUCCCAUUUGGUUGUUUGUUUGGUUUUCCCAGUGCAAUCUGCUGACACAUUUAUCCGACGCGAUUUACACGGCGCAAUUAAUUGACGAGUUGUUAAACAUAUCUAUUAAAUGCGAACGGCCUUUUGAAUAACUCGUGUGCACCGCGUUAAAAUUAUCAAUUAAAAUCAAUUAACAAGCUGUGCCGCGGAAAUAAAAUAAAAUCAAAUUUAAAUACAAAUAAAAGCGAUGCCGGGAAGAAAAAAAAACCACCACAAAAACAACAACAACAGCAGAGCCAGACACCAGCGGGGUGGUCAACAGUCGAAGGAUAAGCAGGAGCAGCAGGACAAGGAGCAGAGUCCCUCGCCAACGGAGGAGAAGGAGUUACCAUAUCGCGUAGAACACUCCGAUAUAUAUGGACGAUAUUUGGUGGCCAAUCGCCAACUGGAGGCGGGCGAAACGCUGAUCCGCGAGGAGCCACUGGCCAUUGGGCCGUGUGUGAGCGGUGAUCCCGUGUGCCUGGGUUGCUAUCACCCGGUGUCCCUUAAGGCGGAUCAAUAUCGUUGUCCCGGCUGCGCCUGGCCACUCUGCGGCAGCACUUGCGCUGGCCUCAAACAUCGACAUGGUCACACUGAAACGGAGUGCCAACUGUACGCGGAACGACGGGCGGUCGCCGGCGAACUGCUGACGGAACGCGCCGGUCCGGCGGAAGUGCGUGACCUUUACGAACUGGUGAUGAUCGUUCGCAUACUCCUCCUGCGCCAGCACGAUCCGGAGCAGUUCGCUCUGAUCGCCCGCAUGGAAUCGCAUACGGAGGAGCGACGACAGAACGCGGUGCUGUGGCGCCACUACGAGGAGAAGGUGGUGCAGCGACUGCGCGUCACCUGGCAGCUGGAGGACCUCGAGGCGGAACAGGUGCACGAGGUGUGCGGCAUACUGGACGUCAAUUGUUUCGAGAUCGGCCAGAAUGGCGCCAAGGCGCGGACGCUAUAUCCGAGCGCCUUCCUGCUCGCGCACGACUGCACACCGAACACGGCGCACACGGACGACCCGAGCUCCUUCGAGAUCCUGCUGCGCACCUCGCGGCGCGUGCGCGAGCGGGAAGCGCUGACGCUCAGCUAUGCGUACACGCUGCAGGGCACACUCAAGCGGCGCGCCUUCAUGCACGAGGGCAAGCUCUUCUGGUGCUGCUGCCGGCGCUGCUCCGAUCCCCGCGAGCUGGGCACCGACUGCAGCGCCCUCGUGUGCGCCACCUGUCGGACGGGAUCGGUGCGAGCGGUGGAUCCACUGCAGCAGACCGGCGACUGGGCCUGCGACCGUUGCGCCCAUAAAAUGGGAGCCACGGAAGUGGAGCGCCAGUUGGAUCGUAUCAACAACGACCUGGAGGACAUUGAUGUCCACGAUAUUCCAGGACUGGAGAACUUUCUCCUUAGGUGCGUCUGCAUUCACGGGUCAUAGGCAUACUUCUAAUAUACAUACAUAUAUUUAAAAAUAUCUUCACAUACAUAUCUAAAUGCUUUAACUAAUUUGAAGAAUCAUUUUAGCCCAAUUCGGUCGAUCGAUCAGUAACAAAAUGGAAAAAAAAAUAUGGCUACCUCUAAUGCGAGUGCGACAGUUUUAAUAUUUUGCAUUAUAAUUCUGAAUUAUUCUUUCCUUUCAUUUUAUUAUUUAUUCAUCGGUUUACGCAUGAACAAGACUUAAAGCAGAAGGAUAAUAAUAUAUCUUACCACUUUCCUUUUGUUUCGUGACUUCCAAUCGAUCAUUGUCCUGCAGAUAUCGGGAUGUCCUGCGACCGAAUCACUACCUCCUGCUCUCGGCCAAAUAUUCCUUGUGCCAGAUUUACGGUCGAACUGAAGGAUACUUACUGCCACAGAUGUCCCCAGAGGACAUUGCCCGCAAGGAGAGCUACUGCCGCGAGUUUCUGGAAAUCGUAGAUGUACUCGAUCCGGGUCUGACCCGUCUGCGAGGACUCAUCAUGUACGAGCUGCAUGCCCCCGUAAUGGUUUUGGCUCAGUCGGCAUUCCAGAGCGGACAGAUCUCACGACAGGAGUUCCAGCGGCGACUCAAAGAGGUCGUCAAGCUGCUCCAAGUCAGCAGGGAUAUCCUGCUAAUGGAACCCGAAGGAUCUACGGAAAAUGCAAUGGGACAGGCUGCAGCCGAUGCGCUAAGCAAAAUGGGUUGCUAGUCAAAAGGGGCUCUUUAGACUAUUUGUAAAUUAACUGAGUUUAUUUUAACACCAAAUGUAUCUCAAAAUUAAAAUACCAGAUAGUCCGGUAUGGGUUAAUUAGAAAAUAUAUAUGAUUUUCAAAGGAAUAAC